AUGAGCAGCGGAUUUGAUAUAACCAAAACUUAUCUAAAGUUCCUUGAAGACGACAGCGAAAUGACGAUGCCAAUCGCUGCCAUUGAAUCACUUGUAACCAUGCUGCGAGUAGAACAACCUGGGACUUCGGCGGAAAUGAUUAAUACUAUCAAGUCUGCAGCAGAGACGCUGACAACCUCGAUUCCAAAUUCUAUGUCACUAAGGGCCGGUUGUGAUAUUUUCAUGCGAUUUGUGUUCAGAAAUACGCAUCUGUAUGGUGAUUGGGAAAGUUGUCAGAAACACUUGGUGGAAAACGGCAGGCUUUUUGUUUCUAGAGCAAAGAGAUCCAGAGACAACAUCGCCCGAAUUGGCUUGGAUUUCAUUUCUGAUGACGAUAUCAUCUUGGUGCAUGGUUUCUCUAGAGCCGUUUACUCUGUAUUAAGCCAUGCCGCCAGUAAAUUCGUGAGAUUCCGUGUUGUGGUCACGGAAUCUAGACCCACGGAGCAGGGUUCCCAGCUCUACAAGCUUUUGCAGGAAAAGGGUAUUCCUGUGAAGAUGGUGGUCGACAGCGCCGUUGGUAGUAUCAUACACAAGGUGGACAAAGUGCUCGUGGGUGCAGAAGGAGUGGCUGAAUCUGGCGGUGUUAUCAACCUUGUAGGAACAUACUCCAUUGGAAUUUUGGCAAAAAACGCCAACAAACCUUUCUAUGUGGUGACAGAGUCGCACAAGUUUGUAAGAAUGUUCCCUCUGUCCCCCGACGACCUGCCGCCCACCGCUGGACCGCUUGACUUUACCCGCAACGACGAAAGUGACCAGUCGAUUUUAGAACCCGCGGUCGAUUACACCUCGCACGAAUACAUAACUGCGCUGAUAACAGAUCUGGGCGUCCUGACCCCUAGCGCUGUCUCCGAGGAGCUGAUCAAGAUGUGGUAUGAUUAA